UUGUUCGAUCACAAAACGAUAACAAUCACGGCGGACCAGAGGCGUUUCGUUACUCCGACAUACUCGCAUCCGAGUUCCAGUUCCAGGGACAAGUUAGUUUUUUUUUUCAAAUUCAUAUAUAGUUUUUAUUUCGAAACCUCUAAAUUUCAAAGAUGAAUUCUAAUGAAUUUUCUAGUAGGAAGCGAAGUGGAUCUGCGAGUAGUAUGUCAUUCCUGGAACAUUUAGAAGCAAUGAAAAAAGAUAUGCAAAAUAUGUCACAACAAUUGCAACAAAAUAAAAUAGAUAUUGAGAAAACGAAACAAGAUCUUGGACAAAUUCAGCUGCAAAUUCAACAAUCAAAUGAUCAGAGUGUAUGUUUAUUUUAUAAUUAGCAAUUUAAAAGAAUAUAAUUAAAUUGAAUAUAUUUCAGACUCAAAUGGAAUUGGUUAAAUAUCAAGAAAUGGCAAAGAAACUCGAAUCGAUAGCCAGGACAUAUGUAGCAACAAUUAGCGAUUCAAAUAUUCAAUCACAAAUGAUGAACGAACUUGAGAGUUUGACAAAAGGUGGUUCAUCUCCUGCAGCGGCUGCAGCUGCGGCAGCCGCAGCCGCUGCUGCUGCAGCUGGAGGUAUUCCAAUGGUUCAACCAAUGGCUGCAAUGGCAGCAGCAAUGCAACCACAUAUGAUGAUGAGGUUGGUUAUUUUUGAUUGUUUGGGUGAAUCAGAAAUAAGGUCCUUACCAACUAGUAACAUUUCCCAGACAAGUGAUUCUGUUUUGAAGUUGCGCUUUGAGCACUUAUUCUUGUUGAUCUCGGGGCUCUUCUUUUCUAUCACAGAAACAAUUUUCGGAAAAAAAUGGUCCCCAUCAAAAGGGUUUUGAGCUUUCUCAUUACAAACUAUUUUUAUGUGCUCAUCAUUUGAAAUUUUUAAAGGAAGCGUGGUAUAAAUAAUACAAUUAGUUUCAAAUACAAGACAACCCCAAAAUCAGUAAAAGUCUAAAGGUGUUUUUAAUCAUUUGGAAACUUACGUGGGAUUAAAUUUGGAAAUUUUCUAUAAUAGAUUAUAUAGAAUUGGAAUGAACCCAAAAAUAUUAUAAAUUCUCAUUUCAAAAAAUAAAACAAACGCAUAUAUUUCAGGAAUCCAUUAUUAAAUGCGAUGGGCGGAGGAUCUCCUCGAGUUGGAAAAGGAGGUGGACCAAACGGAGGAAUGCCAAAUGGGGCUAUGAAUGGAAUGCAAGCUAUGAUGGCACAUCAAUUACAAAUGCAAGCCGCUCAAAUGCAUGGUUUGUUAUUCUUUAUUCCGUUUAGUCUUUUUCAAAAAUCAUCUUCAUAUAUUUUCAGCAAUAAUGCAAGCACAAAUGUUCAAUGGCGUACCAAUGAUGGGAAUUCCGGGAAUGACAAUACCUGGAAUGCCACCUGGAAUGGCUGGUUUACCAGGAAUGAUGCCUCCAAAUGCAGCCGCUGCUGCUGCAAUGCAACAAUUACAAGCACAACAUAUGGCACAAUCAAUUGCGGUUUCAACACCAUCAAGAAAUCAAUCAAAUAGUGGAGUUGCAUCUCGAACAAGAACCCCAUUAACAGCUUCGGCAACAAAUUCACCUCGUCCAUCUGAGCCAGUGAUUGCACAAUUAAAAGAAGAAGAACCAACGCCAACAGAUCCAGAAGUUAGCCAAGUUAGUGUUGUGAACGAAGAUAAUACAACUGUUGCUGUUGCUUGA